AUGAACAUCAAAGAAAAUAAAACGGAAACCACAACAAGUGUAGUAACGACUUUCAGUAAAAAUUAUACAACUAAUUUAUUUACUUUAGAACUCACAACACCGAUUCCUUCUAGAAUAAUUAAUUUUCCCGCGUGCGCCGCCAAAAAUGAAUCGGAAAAUGGUUACUUUUGUCAAGAUCACGUGAGUAUUUUCGAAUGCAACGAUGGUCAAAAAGUAAAUAAAUCGUUAAGAUGUAAUAGAAAAAAAGAUUGUCAAGAUGGUUCCGAUGAAUUCGAUUGUGAGUUUUGGCCGCCUAAAAUUACUUUAUUACCGGAGCAUAGAAAAGAAUUGCUUUGUCAAUUGGAUGAUUCGGAUAAUUUCGAAACUCUUCUUUUGGAAUGUGAAUUUGUCGGUUUUCCAGAGCCUUUGAUUAAAUGGAAAAAAUACGAAGGACACGUUCCAUCAAAAUGUCAACAAGUAUCCCUGGAAGGGCGUGGAAUGCUUUUGUGUCCGAAUUUUCAGCAAGCGGAUCAGGGUGCUUAUAGUUGCGUUGCUGAAAACUCUGUCGGCGUUUCAGAAUCUCAGCCAAAAUCUUUGGUUAUUUGUAAAAAUUACAUUUCUUGCAACGGUUUUAAAAUUAAAAGCGAAGACAACAUAGAACAUUGUUUGGAUUGCUUUUGCUCUGGAAAAACCACCAAUUGUCAAAAUAUAAAAUCUAAACCGACUGUCGUUACCAUACCAUUUCCAUCCGCAGUUACAGACAUUCGAGUGGAAAACAAUGGAAAAAUUGUCAACACCGUUGGAACUAAUGUAACAAAAGACAAGGAACAAAAAAUAAAAUAUUACGUUUUAACAAAAGAAGAACUUAAUGAAAAUUCAUUUUUAAAAUCAUACGGUCGAAGUAUGAGAAUUCCAAGAUAUUCUAAAAAAAUCAAUUACAUGCCUGAUGCACCUGAUAUUAUAAUCGAGGGUAGUAAAACUUCUUUGUUCUACACCUUUAACAUAAUUUCACCGAGUUCAAAUACCGUAGAUGUUAGAUUUUGGCCUGGAAAUUGGCAUCAUUUAAACAGAACGACUGCCACACGAAAAGAUUUAAUGUCUGUACUUUCUGGUAUAAAUCGUAUUUUGUUCAGAUGCGAAUAUAGUAAAGGAAUUUACGAAAAAUGGACAAAAAAUACAAACAUAUAUUUAGAAUCAUCUUUUAUUGAAGAAUCAAAUGCUUCCGUUAGUUAUGUUGAAAAAUGUAUUUGUCCUGAAGGAUACAUGGGAUUAUCAUGCGAGUCUUGUGCACAAGGAUAUGAAAGAAAAAUUGAAAAUGAUGAUUUUAUUUGUCGAAAAAUACAAUGUGAUAGCAAAAACGGUUUUUUUCUCUCUGGAAGUCAAUGUGUUAAAAGUCCAUGCAGUAUUAACGGUUCGUUGAGUUUAUUUCCAGACUUUAAUGGAAAAUGUAAUUGUAAGGAAAAUUACACUGGAGAUUUUUGUAACAACACGGUAAGCUGUCAACCGGGGUAUUACAAUGUUGAUAAGUUUAAAACUUGUGUUAAAUGUUGGUGUAGUGGCGUUACGGAUAAAUGCAACGGUUCAACUUUAUAUCGAACGGAAAUUUCUAGUUUUUCCUUAGGUGGAUACAAUUCUUCCAACGGAAGAAACUUUUGGCUAUUACCAUCCAUUUUUAGUGGAAACAGAUUGGGAUCUUAUGGAGGUCAUAUUAAAUAUUCUUUAAAGUACAGUCACGAAAUGCCAAAACAAAAUUCUCUUCUUAGCGUUGAAAUCCUUACCGUUAAUGAAACAACGCUUUCAUUCACCCAUUCCAAUAUUGAUAAAAGUACGAGAGAAAAAGAAAAAACUUGGUUUGUACCUUUACUAGAAGGACAUUGGAAAAAAGCAGAUAAAACAUUUGCAAAUAGAAGUGAAUUUUUAUUAGCUUUAACUAAAAUAAAAGCAAUUUAUAUUGAAUCUCCUUAUCAUAUAUCAUCCGGUAAAGUUAAUUUGACUUGGGUCAGAAUGAGCGAUGCGCAACUUUUAGGUACAGGUUCCGAAUUGGCUUCUGACGUCGAGCAAUGUUUUUGUCCCCCGGGUUACUCUGGAUUAAGUUGCGAAAAUUGUGCACAGGGUUACUAUAAAAAGAAAAAUACAAAUUUAUGUCUUAAAUGCGAAUGUGAUAAUUGUGAUCCCGUGGAAGGCUGUUUGAGUUGUCCAAAAGGUUUUUAUCAAGAGAAUUCGAAAAAAGAAAAGAAACCCAUUUGUAAACCUUGCGAAUGCAAUAAUAGAGAAGAAAAAUGUGGAAAGGAUGAUUACAACAAUACCUACUGUAUUUGUAAACCCGGUUUUACAGGAUUACAAUGUGAAAAUGAAGUUGUUUCGUCACAAAAUUCAACUCACCUAACUGUAAAAAUUUCUCCCAAUAAAAUAACUAGUGAUGUGGGUGGUGGUUCGGUAUCAUUUAAUUGUUCUUAUGAUAGCGGAGAAAAAAUGAAAAUUUCUUACAAGAAAAUUUUCUUGGAUAGAACUGAGGGACCUUUUCUAGGAACUUUACUUUCAUCAAAUCAAAAAACAAACGACUAUAAUGGAUUCAUUAAUUUUAACGUAGAAUUCAGUGAAGAUUUGAUACAAGUAGAAUGUUUGGUGCAUAAUGUGAAAGGAAUGGAAGUUGGUAAAGUGUUGGCGAUCGUUGAAAAUACUGCAACUUUUCAACCUGUUAAAAUUACAAAUUGCUAUUCGACCGUGACACACGUCAAAGAAACCAAGAGUAAAGAUUUUAUUUGUCAAGUAACUGGUUAUCCGCAACCAAUAACAACAUGGUUUGCCAAAAAAGAAAAUGGUACUCGUCAAAAAGUUGAAUCUACAGGUGGUGUUUAUUCAAUCGAAGCCGUUACUUUGCAAGAUAACGGAACAAUUUAUACGUGUGAAGCAGAAAAUUCGAUAGGAGAUAAAGAUGUCUGUUCUGUUCUUUUAAUUGUUGAGAAAAAUUGUGACUUGGUUCACAUUAUACCAAAAUGGCAAGAGGUAGAAGAAGGAGAUGAUAUCAUUUUACAAUGUAAGACAACUGCCAACAGUUCGGUUAGUUGGUCGCGUCCCAACAAAAUUUUGCCUUUUUUUAGAACUUUUGAAAAAAAUGGCAAUUUAAAUAUAACAAAUUCAAAAAUUGACGAUUCCGGUAAUUAUACUUGUAAGGCUCUUUCAUCCGAUGGAAGACGCAUUGAACAAUCAGCAUGGGUUAACGUUAAAGAAAAAUUAACGCCUCCCGUUAUCAGCAUUGAUAAAAAUGAUACUAUCAUAUUGGAAGACGGUGAUUUUGAAGUUAAAUGUUCGGCAACUGGAAAACCGGCUCCAUCGGUUACAUGGAUGAAAAUUUCCGGUAAAAUCGAUAAUAAUGUUAAAAUAAAUAAUGGAAUAUUAAAAAUAAAAGGUGCGACUCUCGGAAAUAGUGGGAUUUAUCAAUGCGAAGCAAACACAACUGCGGGUGAAGAUGUCGGACGAGUUUUUGUAGAAGUAAAAGAAACGAAAAUUCCACCUAAAUUAAAAAUCGUACCUUCUUCACUCAUACCCAUCGAAGGUGAGCGAGCAUUUUUAGAAUGCGUGGUAUUAGAGGGUAAACCCAAACCGACAUUAUAUUGGCUCAAAGAAAUUAAUGGAGAAUUUAAAAAAUAUAAAGACGGUGAAAAAUUAGAAUUUUUAAACAUUUCACGUUACGAUGGUGGAAUAUAUCAGUGCAAAGGUCAAAAUUCGGUUGGACGAGAUGAAGCAUUUUCCGAAAUCAACGUCAUGUUCGUACCGGAAAUAACACUGUCGGAAACUCAUAUUGAAGUUUAUGAAAAUGAAGAAAUAAGCGUUAGGUGUUCCGCCAUUGGAAAUCCACUCCCGAAAUUAAUGUGGAAAAAUCAAUUGAAAAGUUAUAAAAGAAAUAUCAAGGACAACGACGUUUUGGCAAACAUGUAUUUAAAUCCACCGGAAAUAACGGUUAAAUUAAAAGCAUUUUCCGAUUUGAUUGGUUUAAUAUGCGUUGCUAAAAAUGAAGCAGGAGAAUCUGAAAAAGAAGUUUUGAUCGUCGAUGGUUUCGUACCUAAAUUCACGCAAGAAUUAAAUAGUUUUUUGGUUUUACCGACAACGUUAUCGUCGAAAAAAAAAAUCGUUUAUGAAAUAUCGUUCGAAACGAAAAAAAAUGAUGGUUUACUUUUCAAAGAUGAAAACGAUGUAUUUGUCUUAUACAUUCACGAUAAAAAGGUUUCCAUUUUGUUGCACCUGGAUUAUGAAAAAAGACAUCAUUUUAAUUCGACGAUUAAUCUUAAUCAUAACGUUUGGUAUACGAUUAUGGUUGAAAUGACGUUAAAAACAGUUAAAUUAAUUAUUUACGAUUCGAAUUCUGCGGUAUUGGAAGAAAAAAUAGAACAUUUUAAUAAUUUCAGAGAUGUUAUUUAUACGAGUUUAUUUAAUAAUUUUUACGUCGGUGAAAUACCAUCGUUGGACGGUUGCAUAAGUAGAUUGGUAAUUGAUGAUAAAGUUUUUAGUUUGAUUAAAGAAGGAAGUUAUUCAACGAAUGUUAAUUUAUGCGGAAAAUGUUCCGAACGUUUAAAUCCGUGUCGUAAUAUUGGAAAAUGUUUGGACGCACCCACUCAAUUGGGUUUUGUUUGUUUAUGUCCGGAAGCACAAAGAGGUGAAAAAGAUUCGUGUCCGCCCAGUUGCUACGGAAGAGGAUGUAACAGUCAACGUGAUCUUUGUAACAUGUUAUCACCGUGUAAAAGAAAAGAUUUAAAUUUUUGUUCAAAUAAAAUUUCUAGUUUAUCAUGUAGUUGCAGUCUCGGUUAUUCAGGUUUAACUUGUGAAAAAGAGGAACAAUCAUCGUUUUGCGUCGGAGGUGACGGUUACGUAAAACUUCCAUCAAAAUAUUUAUACAGAUUUUCAUUGGCGGAACCGGAAACGAUUGAAAUACAUUUCACAACAACAAAAUCAAACGGACUUUUAUUAUGGCUGAUCGAUGGAAAAGUAGAAUACACUUAUAAAAAUCAAGGAAUAAAACUUCAAGUUCAAACAAGGGAAAGAUUAUCGUUUGAUAAAAAUCACACGUUGAUAGCAAAAAGAACAAACGAAUCCGUCGUUUUACACGUGGAUUCGAUAACUUAUACAAAUUAUACAAAAUUUACAACGAAUCGUGUCGUCGGUGAUAUUUAUUUAGGAGCACCGUCAAAUUUUCUACCCUAUGAAGAUAGAUUAUGGUUUAUGAAUAAUUACGGUUUGAGUGGUUGCAUUAAUUUCGUUUCAUUUGGAUUAAAAAAACAAAAAAUUAAUUUCAAAGAAAAUAUAUUGGAAAGUUUAAACACGUAUCAAUACAAACCCGAGUUGGCAACAAACGUUAUUGAAAUAUAUAAUUAUGACAGAUCGGAAAGUGAUAGCGAUGAUCAUUUUGAAUACGAAUAA